CACCGGCACACACCUUGAGGCACGCGCACGUCCCCCGGGCGCGCGCUCGUUGCAGUGGCGCGCGCACGGAGGGUCCAUUUUCACCUCCUGGCUGCUGUAGCUGCGCCGGCGAGUUGAUGUUUGUGUACAUGCGUUGGUGCGUCCGUGUCAGCGGGUUGUUGACAACCACUGACCUCAUCGAUGUCAUCUGUCAUCGUGUCGCGACGACGGCUCGAGGAGUCCGUGUCGCUCGGCGACAGAUUUUCUCUCGCUGAUGUGCCUGCUGCUCCACACCGUGAGGAUGUGUUGUGUUUAUUCCCGCACAAUGGAGGCCCAUCUUUGGCCCUUCGCCUUUAGUUAGCUGCCUCCGGUUGCUAUUUGACGAGCAGCAUCUCUGUUUUGACUCGACACCGAAGAGAAGGGAGGAGCGGUGUCACCAUGAGCAGGCGCUAUCCAGACCCUGACAGGGAGGAUUAUAAGCCCCACUGCCCUUUGACCCCUGGGCACAACCUCCCUCCUCAGAACAACCCUCCCAAACUUGAAAGCCAAAAGAGCAGCAUGUCCGUGACCACCUCCUCACUCAAGACUUCGUCCCUUCAUGGCUUCACCCAAGGGGACCACUGCUCCUCUUCCUCCUCUUCCUCCACCUACAGUCCUCUCAUGCGGCUGCAGCAUCUCACUACGAUGGUGAGCCAGCCGGACUGCGUGUUCCCGCUGAGGGAAACAACCUUUCCGGAGAAGGGUUGGGACUGGAAGGAGGCUAAGAAGAAGAUGGACUCCUGGAAUGAUACUGGCCAGGAGUUGUCUAGUACUACGAUUAAGGGCGAGCGUGUUGGUAAAUCCUCUGCUGCGGAGAAGCGACAGGAUGCUCCAGAAGCCAGUCAGAGUGAACCUGUCGGAUCCUGCCCGCCCAGCCCCGCCUUCUCUCUGGAUAGCAACAGUCCUUUUGCAAACGGCUUCCUCCACUUCGAGUCUUCUCUGUUUGAGGAUGAAGAUGACAACAAUAAAGAGCAGACGGUUGUGUCAUCUGUCUCAGAAGAAAAGCACGACGAGGUGGAGAGCGCUCCACCCGCCUCUCCUGGAGCUUUACAUCAGGAACCUGCUGCCGCGACCUUCACCCCGACAAAGGUCGUGACUCGUUCUCAGUCCUCAGGUCAGCGCAGGAGAUACUGGGAUGGCUCGGACGACGAGUGGGAGAGCGAUACUGAGCUCUUCCUGUUUGGGGACAGUCCUUCCAGUCAUCUGAUGCUCACUGAUCUCAACAAACGACCUCUGCCUCCGUUGAAGUUUCUGGAGGGGGAAAUCAUCUGGGCCAAAUUCGGGCGGAGACCAUGGUGGCCGUGUGAGGUGGUCGUGGACCCCACGCUGGGACUGUACCACAGAAUCAAAGAGUCAGCAGACCGUCCGAGUCGGCUUUACCACGUCAAGACGUACGGAGAGCCAGUGGAGCAGGCCUGGGUGGAGGACAAGUCCACGCACACAUUUCAUGGAGGGUUUGAAUUCAAGCAGUUUCUGCAACGCCGUCGAAGAGGGAAGACAAAGGAGCAGAGCCACAAAUACACUAUUCCAAAGCGUUUUGAAGAUUCGUGGAACACAAGUGUGGCACAAGCCGAGUCAAUCCUCCUGCAGAGAUCCAAGUUGAUGUCUUCCCUCACGUCGUCUUUAGACAAUGACUUCUUCAGCAGUUCACCUCAGGAGAGAGUGGAACCCUGUCCUUCGCCGCCCAGGCUCGUCUCCAAUCCCUCCGAGACGUCCUCAACCAAUGGGCCUGUUUCCACACCGACGGCGGCCUCACGCCUCCCACACCCAACAAAACAAGGCACUUUAGGAAAAUCGUCCAAGAGCAAGUUGAGUAAACCGUCAAAGAAUGCAGAGAAGAAAAGCUCUAAAACACGAACUCCAGAGAACCAAUCAGACAGAGAAGAUGGAGAGUGCCCCUAUUCAGACAUCGACUCUGUGCCUAAGAUUCUCUGUCCCAAAGCACUUGAACGUCAGUCCAAAUUAAUCCAGUCCCAGCAGUCUUUGUGUUCAGUCAAGGAGGCUAAGAAACAGCCGGAGAUUCAGACAGGUCUGUGGUUCAGCAAAGCUGGGAAAGACAGACGUCCUAAAACGACCAGUCCAGCCCCAGACCGGACCCUCUUCAUCAAGACGAGCAGCAAGAAGAAGAACCCCGUUGGUAAAAAGACUCCCAGCUUGUUCUCCUCCGGCACAGGGCCGUGUGAUUUGUCGGCGGAGAAAGCAAAACAUACCGGGCCUGCUGACACAAAUCUGGCGCCUGAGCCGUCGGAGGAUUUGAACUGUAAAGACAUCGUCGUUGCCGUCAAGCUUCUGGAUACUACCGUCGGUCCGUCGGCUCAGUCGGUAUUGCUGGACGACCUCAAAUGCACCUCUGUUUUGGAAACAAAUGGAUUCUCAGACCAAUGUCGGCAAAAAGAGACUUGUUCAAAAGGUACUGAAGAUGAAUGUGAAAAUGUGAGCCGCACACCCGAACACAAACUCAAAACUCUGAUCAGUUCGAAUAAUACAGAAGCUUCUUUAGAGAGGGAGAGGCCUAUGAGUCCAAAAAACCGUUCUCCAGAGUGGGACACGGAACAGACUCACACCAGUAACACUUCAAAGUCCGAUCUGAAGAUCAACACGAGUGACCCCUUAGUCAAACUGAGACAGAAUAUCCCUUUGGUCUACAACUGCAAGGUACCGUUUGUCAAGCUAAUACGUGAGGACAUCAAUGACCUCACCACCAGUAAUAGAUCAGCAAACAGUGAAAGAUCCCCUGAUGUUCAUGAGCCAAAGUCGUCCUUCAGCCAGUUAGAUGGAGAAAGCAAGACUGAGAAAGUCUCUAAAAAAGAAGCUGUUACCCAAAAUGACCCACCUGACCUUCCCUCAGAGCUGUCUCAUGAUAAAACCCCUCGAGCAUUCAAGGGUUUGUCCAUCACCGAGUUUAAGCGAUGCAUACUAAACAGUAGGACACCUGUUUUGAAAGUGUCUCUAAACAAACUGACGGUCUCGUCGCUAAACGAACUGCAAAGACGGAUGGUAAAUCAGUUGGGAACGCUGGAGAAAUCGGAGGGUUCCGGCAUCAUCACGUCCAAGGCAGAUGCACCUCACCUACAUCAAUCUGGAGACGACCCAAAAGCGCCCAUUUUUGACAGCUCAGAGGGACCUGUCGACCUGUUCAAGGACGACCCGGCUACCGAUGAGGACGUGCAAGACGAAGAGCAGAGCCGCCGACGGCUUGAGCUGAUCCAAGAGCGGCAACAAAAGGGAAGGACAAAGAAGAUGAAAAAAAGCCCUAUUCCGGGGCGUUUAAAGGAUUCUGCGGAGUCUGCUGUGGCAGAGGACAACGUCAUCCAGAGACCCACGUUGGUCUUCUCUCCACCUGUGGAGUUCCCCAGCAGCUGCCCUGCAGCCCGUCUCAACUCCAUCCCUUCAGCAUUAAACGUCUUCAGCUCAUCACACGUGACAGAAGGUUUUGCUCGGUCCAGUGUGACUAUUUCUUCUGAACUUCUAAGAACUCCAGAAAAACCUGGUGCCAAGGAGAGACCUCUGGUUGCUGCAGGUGAUCAAGUCCCCGAUGCCCACACUCAGGAGCAGACCUCACAGCUCUCUGAUCAGCUCCUCAUGCAGAAGGCAAAGCAGAAGAAAUGCAGACUUCUCAGUCUUUCAAAAGAUUCUUCGGGUGGGGAGGUGGCGCUCGUUGUCAACAAGAAGCUGGUCCCUGCUUCUUCAACAGAUGAUGUUAGUCCUCCACAGGAAACAAUAGUGGCCACUCCUGCCCCUGCUCUGUGCAUCUCCAUCCCUGCUGAGUCAUCGAACAUGACCAAUGGAUUGGUCACCUCUGUUGAAAAUCAGCCUGGAAUCUCAAGUGUUUCCGCCACCAGCCCUUGUGACGUUGGUUCCCAGGCGCCUUACAUGAAUGGACAUUCCAAACCCACAGAUGGACCCAAGACCUCGUCCUGUGAGAAAAGGCUCACUCAUCACGCUGCCCAGCAAGUCCUCGCUCAGGUGCGAGAAGCUGAGAGGAAGGAGUCGUCCGCAAACCUCCCCGAGCUGGUCAUCCAAUGGUGUCAGAGUGGGAAGCCGAAGAAGUGCAGUAUCUCCAAACAUCUUAACAAAUCCUGGGAAACUGGCGUCACUGAUGGUGUGUCUCUCCAACAAGGGUCCAAAAUGGCCUCCCCCUCAUCUUCUAGAGAGACGUCCGUCUUAAGCAACUCUUCACAUAACAGUGAGGACGCUGUACAUGCUGCCGUUUCUGAGCCCCCAAAAGUGACCAAUGGAUUGACCAUGUGCAGUUUGAAGCCUGAUCAUUUGGACAAGACCAGCAGCCUGUCUCUUCACAGAGCGUCUCCUGUAGAGGUGUCUGAAGCACCACUCCAGAUUUUGGAGACAGCAGGCCAUCAAGGGAAGCAGCUGUCUGGGGGCCAAAUGAAGGAGCAGCCGGCCCACCUUCAGGACCAGUUCCAGUGGCAUCGCCGGGCGAGGCAGAAGAGACGAAACAACAAAUGCUCUAUCCCCAAACAUUUUAAGGACUCUUGGAAAGCAACUCUGUCUAACACGGAAUCCAUCCUGCUGCAGCGCUCCACUUUCUCUCCGCCAGCGUCCUCUGAGUCACAUGGCUCUCCGGUGGUCUGCGAGUCCACCAAACCUGCUUCCAGCCCCGCUACGACAUCAGACCCCAAGACCUCGGCCACAAGUGAAGUGCUGAGCACGUACUGCCAGUUGAGUAGUCAGAAGAAAGUCUCAACGACGACCCCGUCCUGCGACCCGCCGACCCAGCCUGCUCCCCCUGAGGGACGGUCACUAUCCUCCGAUGUCACGGAGCGCUCUUCCUGUAUAAAACUGAGGACAACGUUCCAACGACCGAAACAAGCCUCUGAGAUCCAAGAGCAGCACGACCACCUCCCCGCCAGCAAUCGACUCAUGGCCAAAGCCCUGGAGGCCAUGCAGGACGUCAAAUGGAAGAACCAUAAAAAGGGCAGGAAGAGGUUGAAAUCAAAUAAGCACUACACUGACACUUUAAACACCAGUUCACGUCUGACGGUUUGCACAAGCACUGACUCCCUUAAGUGUCAUUUUAAGAAGAAUGGUCUUCAGGACGCUUCCGCCUCCCGUAGCACUUCUCCUUUAUCUGACAUGGUGGACUGCGAGGUUGAAUCCAAGAGUGAAGAUGAAGAUCUGUCCGUGUCAUCCACUCCGCCGAUGGACUUCAUCCCUCUCACCUCAAAGAUAAAGCAGCCGGCAGGCCGUCCUUCGUCGUCGCCCUCCUCACCCUUUUCCUUCAUGAACGCCUUGAAAAAUGUCGACCAGGUAUCGUUCCAGUCACUGACGGACGAAAACAGUGGCAAAGCCGUCUCAUUCCAGCCAGACAAGAAUUACAAAUUUAGCACUUUUCUUAUGAUGUUAAAGGACUUGCAUGACACUAGAGAGCGGGAGGGGGCGCCGUUAGAGCUGGAGAUCGGGCCUCCGAGUGCACAUGUAAAGGAGGAGCCGUCUGUUGUGCCGGAACAAUCCAAUGGACCAGAUUGUGAUGCUGUCAACGGUUCAGAAGGUACCAGCCAAACUGAUGUCGGCCCCCUUCUGGUCUCCAAGAGGCCUUGCAACAGAAGGAGCCCCGUGGUCAGAAGGAAGACCGACCGCAAAGUGCCUUGUCGUCCGUCGAGGUGUGGACCUGGCUACCCAGGAGUCGAGUCGACGGCAGAACAGGAUGCCUUUUCGGUGGAGGACUGCUCAACCAGAGUCCAGCUGCUGCAGCUGAACGACACCAGCAGCGCGAGCUGCGACGAAGGGUCGAGGACGGAGGAGGACAGCUGGAUCAGAGAAAACAAUGGCGGGCUGAACACGAUGCACCUGGACCACGGCAUGUCGGACACCUCGUUUUGUCUCCAGAAGCUGAACCAACUGGUCGCAAACUGCACUGAGAUGAGCUUAAAGUUGGCAAAUGCCGCCGGACGGAACGAACAUUCAGCCCAUAAAAGAAUAAGAAAACCCAGCAAGAGACUCCUGGAGUGCUCAGAGGAGUACGAGCAGAUCUUCACCUCGAAGAAGAAAAGCAAGAAGCCUGUGGAGCUGCUCGAGAAGGACUAUCCUCCUCCCGUCCCCGCCGUGUCCAAACCUGAGGCACUAGAGAAGAAUGGCGAAGAAUCUCUGAGUUUACCUCCAGAAAUACAGACUCCACCCCCUGAAGAAAACUCGGCAACAUCAUCCACAGCAAUGCAAAUCCCCAGACUGGAAGGUCCUUUGACCCAAGAGAGCCCUGUGCUUUCCAUCGACACGCUGACGCCUCCACCCGAAGCUGAACCAACACUGGCAGACGUUCCUGUCAAAGACACCAGAAGUCUUCCACAACUGGAGAAGAAGCGCAAAAGAAAGCCGACUCAGAAGAUUCUGGAGUACUGUCUUGAAGCCGAGGCCCCUCCGACCCCGAGAAAGAAGGUUAAACCUUUGAGGAUCAGUUCACAUCUCAUCACAGAUUCAGAUUCAGGUCUGCCCUCUUCAAAAUCGAAAAGUCGACUGCUGACCGUAGCAACGUCUCACUCGGAGACCCCUGACCUGUCCAACGUUGCCCCGGCUUCCACCACCCAAAUGGAGCCAACCGACUCCCCUGCAGUGUCAGCUACUCCAGAAUUCGGAGUGGAAGAGUCAACAUCAGAUGUUGAGGCGCCAACAAAUGACAUGGAGGACCAGGAGGUGAAGAGGGACUCAGUGGAGUCGGAGAGUGAAACAUCAACCUUGGACCAGAGCUUCUCCUUCAUCAAGGACGAGUUGUUUCUGUGUGAUGAAGCGCUUUCAUCGACCCGGAGGAUAAUAGGGGACAGAGGCGGCCCGGCGUCCAUGAAGGAGAACAUAUGUCAAGUGUGUGAGAAGACCGGCGAGCUGCUGCUGUGUGAGGGCCAGUGCUGCGGGGCCUUCCACCUGCCAUGCAUCUCUCUGGCCGAGGCUCCGAAAGGGAAGUUUGUCUGUCCAGAAUGUAAAUCGGGGAUACACACCUGCUUUGUGUGUAAGAAGCGUGGCGAAGACGUCCGCCGCUGCAUGAUUCCUGUCUGUGGGAAGUUUUACCACGGAGAAUGUAUCGCCAGCUUCGCCCCCACAGCGCCGGUCAACCGCGGCUUCCGCUGCUCCAUCCACGUCUGCCUGUCCUGCUUCAUCACCAACCCCAACAGCGCCGCCAUGACGAAAGGUCGCUUGGUGCGCUGUGUCCGCUGUCCUGUAGCGUACCACGCAUCGGAUCUCUGCAUGGCUGCUGGCAGUGUCAUCCUGUCCAACAACAGCAUGAUAUGUCCAAAUCACUUUGCCCCGCGACGCGGUGUCAAGAACCACGAGCACGUCAACGUCAGCUGGUGCUUCGUCUGCACUGAAGGGGGCAGCCUGCUCUGCUGCGAAUCCUGCCCUGCAGCCUUUCACCGCGAGUGUUUGAACAUCGAGAUGCCGAAAGGCAGCUGGUACUGCAACGACUGCAAAGCUGGGAAAAGGCCUCGGGUGAAGGAUAUCCUGUGGGUGAAGGUCGGACGCUACAGGUGGUGGCCAGCGGAAGUCAGUCACCCCAAGUCCAUUCCAGAGAACAUCCAGAGGAUGCGGCACGAUGUCGGAGAGUUUCCUGUCCACUUCUUCGGUUCCAACGACUACCUGUGGACGUACCAGGCCCGAGUCUUUCCCUAUAUGGACGUGGACGCCAACAGCAGGGAGAAGAUGGGCAAAGGGGUCGACGCCAUCUACAGGAAAGCUUUGGAGGAAGCAGCUAUUCGGUUCCGUGAGCUCCAAGCAGAGAAAGAGCUACGGCAACUUCAGGAGGACAGAAAGAACGACAGGAAACCCCCACCCUACAAACACAUUAAGGUGAACCGACCGAUUGGGAAGGUCCAGAUCAUCACCGCCGACCUGUCUGAGAUCCCGCGCUGUAACUGCAAAGCGUCAGACGAAAACCCGUGUGGGAUGGACUCGGAGUGCAUCAACCGCAUGCUGCUGUACGAGUGUCACCCGCAGGUGUGUCCGGCGGGCGAGCGCUGCCAGAAUCAGGCCUUCAGCCUGCGCCAGUACAGCCAGGUGGAAAUCUUCCGGACCCUGUCUCGAGGAUGGGGGCUACGCUGCGUCCAUGACAUUAAAAAGGGCCAGUUCGUCAGCGAGUAUGUUGGGGAGGUGAUCGACGAGGAGGAGUGCAGGGCCCGGAUCAGACACGCUCAGGAGAACGACAUCGGCAACUUCUACAUGCUGACGCUGGACAAGGAUCGGAUCAUCGACGCAGGCCCCAAGGGGAACGAGGCCCGCUUCAUGAAUCACUGUUGCCAACCCAACUGUGAGACGCAGAAGUGGACGGUGAGCGGAGACACCCGGGUGGGACUGUUCGCUCUGGUGGACGUUCCUGCAGGAACGGAACUCACCUUCAACUACAACCUGGAGUGUUUGGGGAACGGGAAAACUGUCUGUAAAUGUGGGGCUUCCAACUGCAGUGGCUUCCUGGGUGUCAGACCGAAGAACAACCCACCACCCGACGACAAGAACCGGAAACUCCGAAGGGGAGGCAACCGCAGGAGGAAGAAGAAGGUUGUGGUGACGAAGGAGCGGGAGGAUGACUGCUUCAGCUGUGGCGACGGCGGACAGAUGGUUUCCUGCAAGAAACCUGGAUGCCCCAAAGUGUACCACGCCGACUGCCUCAACCUGACCCGGAGGCCAGCAGGGCGCUGGGAGUGUCCGUGGCACCAGUGCGACAUCUGCGGCAAAGAGGCCACGGCGUUCUGCGAGAUGUGUCCGAGUUCGUCCUGCGCCAAGCACCGCGACGGGCUGCUCUUCGUGUCCAAGCUGGACGGUAAACUCUGCUGCAAUGAACACGACCCCUGCGGCCCAGACCCGCUGGAGCCAGGCGAGAUCAGAGAGUACAUGCCGGAGCCCAGGACUUUGACCUCCGGUCUGGGCAUGGCCGUCCUCCCACCCGCCGACUCCUCCACCAGCCUUGUGGCUGCGCCCAAACGGCCGCAGGAGAUCCCUGAUGGAGCUUCCGAAGCCUUUUCCAUCCCCGUCCCCAUCACCAUUCCCGUCUCCACCCCGGCUGACUCAUCUCCCCACAUGUUCGCCCUCCCCCAGUACUCACCCAUCUCCUCCUAUGAGGAAGAGCGAGACGUGGAAGAGGAGGAGGAGGAGGAGCUGCUGGCUGAGGAGGAGGAGGAGGAGGACGACGAGCUGGUGGAGGACGAAGGAGAGGACAAGUCAGACGACGAGCUGGAAUAUUUUGAGUUUAAAGAUGACGAUGAUGAUGAUGAGGAGGACGAUGAAGAGGAGGAGUGACACAUCACACUGUUGCUGUAGAGAAAACAAACUGCUUCACUGAUCAUCAGUCCGUUAGGUUGAGAGAGAGCAACUCACUGGUGCUGGCAGGUGACGUGGUCUCACACACACACACACACGCACACACACACACUGUUACACACGGAGGGAUGCAGACCUGUUCACACGGACGGCAACAGCAGCACUCCGUCACCAGAGCUGACCUGGCGUUAAAUCAGAGUUAGAAUUGUGACAGUGGUGUCCUGUAAAACGCUCAUCUUUUUAGGCCAUUUCCUUGUGUCCUUCCUGCCUUUCUUUAAUUCAUAUCAUCUUAUUUAUCUUCAAGUAGGAAUGACAUUUUUGCACCAUAUUUUAAUGUCAUCUUUUUACUCCCUUCAAAAGUGUCCUUAAUUGUACUAUUUAUUACUUGACAUUUCAAUUUAACUCAUAUUCACGUUGCACUUUCCAAUAUUUAUUGACUUAUAAAGGUGAAAAAUCCUGUCUCUUUGUAUGUGUUUUAAAGUAUAUAAGCUGUUUUUAAAUUCGAUAACCAACUAACAUGACAAAUUCAAGUUGAUAUUUCCCUCCGAAACAUUCUGAACCGCACUUAAACGCGCCACGCUGUGUCACUUUCCCUGGUUGUUGCCGUCCCUGCCAACAGUGUUACGCGCCAUGUCAGCUCACCUGCACUUGUUCAUCACUUCCACGCUCCAGACCUGAAUGAUCUCAGCUCUUAUUUAUCAUUGGAGGAAGAGUACGGCAAAUAUUUAUCUCAUAAUUUAUCAUGUAAAUACAAAACACUAAACCAUCUGUUGUUUUUUUUUUUUUUGCUACAAACAGUUCAGAUUGUACAUACAGUGGACAUAAAACAAAUAUAUGAAAGUUUUAAAUUCCUGGUUCAAAGGUCACACGAACAUGUUGAAGUUACACCGGUCAAAUGUAAAUAUUCUAAUGUAGCAGAGACAACUUCAGUUUGAGGCGUCACGAAACUCCGCCGUUAUGUUUUAUUAUUUAUUCUCCACGUCAUAGCUUAUAUAAGUCAUGUGCCGUUCUAGGAUGAUGCUCAUGUUCACUUGAAUGUUUCCAUGGCGAUGGCUUGUGUUUGUCCUGAAACCUAAUAUGAUUCUGGAUCGAUGCUAAAUAUCAGACUGUUGCCAGUCGCCGGUGCUCGUCGAAAUCAUAAUGCUAGCGAUGCCAGAAACAUUUUUGAGUUGCAGUUUCGAAACAAAAGUAUAAAAAUGCACACUAAAGCUCUUAUUUAAAUCACGGAAUUUGCUUUUUGUUUCCGCCGUCGGGCAAAUGGUUGAAGCGCUGCGUUCCGUUUGUGUUGCUCGUCUGCUGUGUCAGCACAAAACGGAGGAGGUCCUAGCGUGGCCUUGCAUCUAGUUUCAACAUGUUUCCCUAAGUCACUCGAGAAGUUAGUAUCUUGACACAACCAAGGCUUCGUCGUCUGUAAACUCUGAUUGUGAAAGAGGGAAAUGUUUUUGUGUGUAGCUGCAGCAGCUCAAAGAAGUUUAUCUAAAUGUAAAUAUUUUAUGUUGAAAAGUGUGUGUGUGGAGGGAAGAAAGUUUUUAUACUAUUGCUUUUGUUAGCACCCCCCCGUGGUCACGCGUCCCCCCUCAUGGUUCAGCUUCCGUGCGUGACCUCGCCCCGUGUGUGUGUGUGUUCCUCCUGCAUCCGUGCGGUUGGUUCUGCCGGCAGCUGGUGCCGACUCGGAGGGUUCCACUUUCUUACAGGUGUUUCAUUCCAGUGUAAAUAACGUCUGUUGUGACACCUUCAUGUUGGAGCGGAAUACAAAUAUACCUGACGGUUGCCGGCUCUUUUCUCGUGGCGUGAACCGCUUGUUCGGCGCCGGCCCAGGGUCGCGAGUUUCCUGAAGUGUUCCUGAGCCAGAGUGGAGAAAGACGCAGCUCUACACUGCUAGGUCGUUCUGUUUGCACCAGAUUGUAUGAGGAAGUUUCGUCCAGCUCCCAGGGUCAGAGGUCAGAGACAGAUGGACACGUUUCAACUUCAAGACAAAACUUUAAUGAUAAUCCAACAAAAUAUAAAAAUAGGUUUGGUGACUGAACGGGAGCGGUGACCGGUCCGUCGUCCGGCAGCAACUCAAUAAAAGGCAAUAAAAUAGUGAGCUGGAGUGGAAUUCCAAGCCUGAGUCGGCGAAAUUCCUGUCCGACAUUCACAGAUACACCGGAGAACAUUCGUCGUAACCGUAACACGCGGAGUUGAGAGGUCGAUGAGAGCAGGUUCGUGUUCCGUUCGUGCAGCUACGGAACCCGAACACACUUCAUUAUCAUGCAGGUGAGUAUUGUGGAGUCGACUUUCAUUCGUUUGCUUAAAUAAUCCAGGUGAACAAACUGUAAACAAAUCACCCCGUAACAAUGACAG